AUGCACAUAACCAGCGAAGUGAGCUCCACAACAACGGCCCCAAGCACAAAUCCAUCGAAAAAGUCUGGCCGCAGUGUAAACAAUGAAAAUAACAACAAUAAUUCGAAUACAACCAAUAAUAACAACAACAGUUCGAACGGCACGGCCAGUAAAAAGCCGGUGGACACAAGUCCCUAUCUGACACCGGAAAAUCUCAUUGAACGAACUGUGGACGUGCUCUUGGCCGAACAUCCAGGGGAGCUGGUUAAGACUGGAUCACCACAUAUUGUCUGCACAACACUACCCACACAUUGGCGCUCCAAUAAAACGCUACCAAUUGCCUUCAAAGUUCUCGCCCUGGGCGAAGUGAUGGACGGCACCAUUGUGACAAUACGUGCCGGCAACGAUGAGAACUUUUGCGGUGAACUGCGUAACUGUACGGCAGUGAUGAAAAAUCAAGUGGCCAAAUUUAAUGAUUUGCGCUUCGUCGGACGCAGUGGGAGAGGUAAAAGUUUCACACUGAGCAUUGUGAUUUCCACGAAUCCAAUACAAAUUGCCACGUACAAUAAAGCCAUUAAAGUCACAGUGGAUGGUCCGAGGGAGCCACGCUCGAAAAUACGACAUCCCGGCUUUCAUCCAUUUGCCUUUGGGCCGCAGCGAUUCGGCCCAGAUCCUCUUAUGGGCGGUUUACCGUUUAAAUUACCCGGUUUUGCUCAUCAUUUGGUGGGAAUGCAUUCACAUCUACAUGCACCCGAUUGGCGAACAUUGGGUGGUGGCCAUGCAGCGGCAUUGGGCAGACCACCAUUCCCUCAUGGCAGUCCAUUCUUUCAUCAUCAGCCGGCAGCGUUUCCCGGACAUGUUGGUGCCUUGGAUCGUCAGGCCUUAAACAGAGUUGGAGAUCCCCACCAUCUAUCCCAGCUCUCCCAGCUCUCAGCAAUUGGUGCGGCCCACAGUACAACCAGUCCUGAAGGUUCUCCGACCACAACCUCAGCUGGGCUGGCACAUCAUUCGCUUACCACCUCCCCGCCUUUGACGACCACGACGAGUGACAACGAUAACAACAUUGAUGCCGGUUUUGAAAGUGAUAGCAUAUCGGUGACAGGAUCGCCACGGAAAUCAUCAUCCAUUCAUGAGGAUGAUGAGCAGCGUAGCACCUCACCACCCAUGACUCAAGGUAGCGGUAAUGGUGGGGCUUUCACCUCUUUGAUACAACGUAAUCCAGCCUUAAGAAAAACAGAAUUGUUUUCGGGAUUCGCCUCGAAUUUCACUCCUCCGCAUGCCUUCAAUCCAGCAUUGGCGGCCCAGUUGUUUUUGCAAAAUCCUCUGCUACCCCAGCCGAGUCAGUGGUUGUAUACUCAACUCUAUGGAAAUUAUAAUGAAUUCCCAUGGUUUCGAAAUAAUGCCCCCGCUCAGUCAAUUCUAAAUGGUGGCGUAGAAGCAUCCGCAGCAGCAGCGGCAACAACAUCGGCGACACCAAUAUCUAACUUGCCUGGAAAUAGCGAAACUGCCCAUGGUGUUAAUUUAAUAAAACGCUGUGUUACCCUGGUCUCACAUAGUGGCUCCGAAGUGCCCGACCAGACUAAACUUGUGAGCAAUAGCACACCUCCCCCGGUUACAUCCAGCCAGAGAUCGCCUUCUCCCGUGGAGACCAUAGAUUUGGAUGAUGUUAGCAAUACCUCACGCUCGGCGAGUAGUUCAUAUGGUCCCAUACGCUGCCGUACACCAAAGGCUUCCGAUGUUUGGCGACCUUACUAGCAACUGCGCAAAGCCAUUGGCCAGGCUUUGGGUUUGAGUUUGGGUGAGGACAUCAUGGAGAAUGAAAUCAAAAAUGCAACAGAAAAUGAGCUGAAUAUAGUGUAAAUUGGAGGAGAAAGAAAACGAUAAAACCUUGUUGUGAACAGAAACUGAAUGAAUUCCAUAUCUUAAUUUUUAAAAAUUAAAAAAAAAUUAAUUAGAAAAUUUAUAACAAAAAAACAAUUCUAAUAAAAUCCCUGAAACUCUAAAAAUUGUAUAGUCUCUCAUUUUGUAAUCUGCGUCAACCAUACAUAUGCCAAAGGAAAUAUACG